AUGGACUACGAAUUACCAUAUUUCUGUCCCAUAUUAUCCCCCAGAUACUUCUUAGCUUGUCUAUUUUGCCCAUGUGUCAUAUCCACGAUACUUUACAGCAGGAUUUUUCGUGGUGUCCACUUCACAAUAUUUGGAUGUCUGUGUAUACCUUUCGCGGCGUAUGGUGUCAGGAGGUAUGUGAUAACCACUCUUAUGUAUCAAGAGGAUCCGGAAAUAAGCAUUCUGAAAAGCCUAUGUUGCCUUAAUUCCUUCGUGCAGGAUUUGCACGAAAUGGAAAUUAACCGAAUCGGGAUCUUUAAGUACUACAAAGACGAACCAGAGCCGGAUGAAUUACUUUGA